CGCGGUAUCAGUGGUUAACGCUGGAUGCUGUCAGCGGCGAGAGGAGAGAGGAGUACGAUUGAACGAGACCAAGAAGUGCCGUAGAAACUGCAGUUAAAUCCGAUAAAACAUACAAUUUUGUCAAGGGGUAUUGACACGGGAGUCAAAAACAGACGCACUUCGUUUCAUUUAUAAUAUUUAGACCAAGUGUAUUUAUUACAGAGCAAGACCUGGUGUAUUAACGAGCAAUGGCGUUGAAAAGAAUUCAAAAGGAACUGACAGAUUUACAAAGAGAUCCUCCAGCGCAGUGCUCAGCGGGACCAGUAGGGGAUGACUUAUUUCACUGGCAGGCAACUAUCAUGGGACCGAAUGACAGUCCUUACCAAGGCGGGGUGUUCUUUCUGACUAUUCACUUCCCCACAGAUUACCCCUUCAAACCGCCAAAGGUUGCAUUCACCACAAAGAUCUACCACCCCAACAUUAACAGCAACGGUAGCAUUUGUUUGGAUAUCCUGAGGUCACAGUGGUCACCUGCUCUCACGGUAUCUAAAGUACUGUUGUCAAUCUGUUCCCUCCUGUGUGAUCCGAACCCAGACGACCCGCUGGUACCAGAGAUCGCACACACCUACAAAGCAGACAGGGAAAAGUAUAACAGACUAGCAAGGGAAUGGACGCAAAAGUACGCAAUGUGAGAGGACCUGAAAAUUUCAAAGAAAGAAGCAAAGGAACACAGAAACAAAAUGUUUUACAUUUACACUAGCAGAGAGGACGAGAGAGGGGAAACGAAAUAAACCACACACUCUGGAGAAAGGAGAGAGCGAGGGAGAGAGAGAGAGCGAGCGAGAGAUAGAGUGAAAGAGAGAGAGAGAGAGAGACACCAGUGCUACUGUACCUGGCUGCUGACUGCUGAGCGUCUGCCAUGUGCCAUUUACCAUGACCUGUGUGGGUCCGCCAUAUACGGCCUGGGCAUUACUGCACGCCACCACCUUAGAGAAGGAGGUCACCUCUUCAGCUCUGAGUGCCCUAGGCCACCACCCUGGAAGUGCGAACUGUCUUUAUUAUUAUUAUUAUGAUUAUUAUUAUUAUUAUGAUUAUUAUUAUACAUUGUUAUUAUUAUACGUUAUUGUUACAAUGAAUGAUACAUAUUGGGUUGAGAGGUAGGGAGGGUCUUUGCUUGGCCCCCCUCUUCCUUUCGUAUUGUACUUUCUGAGACCCUGUGGAUGUUGUGCGUUGCUGUAUGUGUACGUAUGCCGUGGCCUUCUGCCGUAUUAAUGUGAGCAGCCGUUUCUCUGACGCCACCGGACCGAGACGACAAAAAAAAAAACCGCCAAGCCCCCGAAAGCGGAGGAGGGACGAGCACGCCUGCGUCUGGCAGCCCGACUCGGCGAGUGACGCCGGGCCUGAUGGGAAACGGGUCUUACCGAAGGACGCGCUGUGGCCUUCCGAGCGCUGUGGGAAAGGAUCCGGCAAUAGUUUUUCUAUUCAAAGAUGCUCAUUUUAAUAAGGCAGAACUCUGUAUGCACAUUUAUACAUAGGUGCACUAGUAUGUGGGGGUAGUUGUGUUUGUGCAGUGACAGGCGAGCAUCCAUUAUGGCCCAAACCCCCACAAACAGCAACUGGAGCUUUCCUCCCCGAGCUGGGAUGACUCCUUCGGUCACGGUGACACCGUAGAGCUGACUCCUCUGGAAUGGAAGCCACCUGUUCCCCUUUCUGCAGUCUCCGAACCACCGCAAAGAGCCGCCAGGGGCUGGCGACGCGACACCGUGACCUUUUGACCUGGGAAGUGUUUGCUCCUCAGAGCGUAGCCGGACUCGUAGCCAUAGAGCAGGGCGGAGCGUCAGCUUCUGUUCGCCGGGCCCCCCCACCCCUAAACUCUCCACCAUCUUGACUGCAAUGCGCUGCUGUUACGCAACUGCUUUUAAACUAGCUGUCAUUCGCUUUUAUGGUGUGAGAUAAAGAACCGCACGGUGUGCACUGGAAACAGAGUUGCUGGUUCAAUUCAGACGGUACUAGCUUCCUCCAGGAGUCUUGCAUUACAGAGGAUCAUAGAAGGGUCCCAUUUCAGUGUCCCCUCCAGUUUAGAGACAAGUCUGUUGCACACAUUGGCAUUGAUUAACAUCACUGUUGAAUGAAUGGUGCUUUCUCGCUUAACACCUGUAGUCCAUUCAGUAAACAGCAUCUUCACAUGUUGUUAAAUUCAGUUUUCAGAUUGAUAUUGGAUGAGCCUGGGAGAAAAAGGAUGGACUAACUAUAAACACUCAUCUAGGUGCAAUUAACAUUUUCGUCAGCUUUCUUUGAAGAGGCUGUUGGUUUGACAUAUUUAUUCUCCCUUUUGGUCUGAUGUUUAAGGCAAAGACUUGUUCCAAGCUCAUGAAACUUAAAAAGCAUGCUUUUUUUAUGUGAGAUGUCAGAUUGUUAACCUGUUGCGCUAACCUAACAAUUUUUGAAUGCUAACUAUAGUCAAGGUUCUCACCCUGAUAUACUGUGAAGAUGCAAACAGAACUUUUCAACAAUGUUUCUCAAUAGAGGUGUUUCCAUACCAGGUUUUUUGGCUGAGGCUACUGUAUAUGUUUGUCAGUAUUGUGGGAUAUUUGUUCCUUUCCAGCAAACAUUCAUAUAUUGCCCCGUUGGCAUGGAGACCCAGUUUUUUUCAAGUUGAUUCAAGUUUCCAUGCCAUUCUGAUAAUUUUAACAUACUUUUUGGCAAGGCCAUUCAUAAAUGCUUUACAAAUAUCUGCAUGUGGUGAUAGAGCAUUAAAAUUAGGACAAGACGAUUAUGGGUCUUAUGGCUUCAAGGUGGCAACACAGGUUUUAUAUCUGAAAGCAAGGAAUGCUACCUCAUUCACUCCAGUUUAAAACAAAAAACUAUAAGGAUUGCUGGCAUAAUGUAGAAUUAUUAACUCCAAUGCAAUUCGCUUGUGGAAGUUGAGAGCUUCGCAAUGCUCUUGAAGAUAUUAUAGAAAGGCCAAGAAUCUAAAUGGAAACUCCUCUAUUGAUCAUUUUACCUCCACCAUUAGCUGUUAUCAGUUGUUUAGAUCAAGUGCAAGAGACUCAUUUUAGAGCAUCCCCUUGUUAGGUACAGUGAGUAUACACAAUCAAAAACUGUAUUUAAGCAGUGCAUUUGUUUUCUCUCCAUUACUUUGUGUUUUACUGUAAUGAAUGUAUCCAGGCACUAGUUUUUGGGGGUACAAUUAAACUGAAAUGCCAAUCAAUGUGAUUUGCCUGCCCUUGACCAAUUCAAAUGGAGCCCAUUUUUACCCGUGUUGCACAAUUCAGGUGCUUAAGGUAAAUGUGUGGAACGUACAUUAUUUGCUGUUGAGGUCCUCUUCAGUGUGCAUAUCUGCAAUAACGGGACAUCGAUAGGGAGACUGAUAUAGCCAUUUUGGGGGAAAUGGGCAACCGUUUUCAAACACAACAGCCAAUUUCACAAACGGUACAAUCCUUCAAUGGGCAAUGUCGUAACUGCAGCAGUGGUUGUUAAUUGACCGGUUUGGUAGUUCAGGCAGCUACAGGGGGUGGAACAGUGCAUUCACAGCAUGUUCUAGCCCACCCCACACUCAGAUUCCAGGUUAUUACCUAUGACUGGAUGCCACAGGUUUGCUUCAUUCUGUUAAAAGGGCUGAGGUUUUUUUUAAAAUUAUUUUUUUUUUUUUUUUCUCUCCCCCAGUUUUGACUAACUUCUGUUUUUGCCUCAAGAGCAUGGCACUGUCAUUUGCAUAAUUAAGGCUGUGAUUUUGGCAUCCAGUUUGUUUCUGGUACAACAAAUCCUUUGCAGAUUUGAGAAGGGAAUAAAAGUACGGAAAUGUCACCGAACAGGCUUCUCAGCAUACCUACGGUAUCCCAGAAUGCUUGUGUGAAUGUACCUUUCUACGUGGGCCGAGUACUUUUGUCACUGGGUAGAACAAUGGACAGUUAUUUUAGUGUAUAAAUCACUGGAAAAAGUCACUAACUGUAGCUCACUUGUGCUUUUUGUAUUUAUUUUAUUUAUUUGCUAUUUAUUUGUCUUCCGGUCGUCAGCUUGCGGGUAAUCAGCCCGAGUUCGUAGCCUGUUAUUUUCAGAGUCAUACUUUGUUGUUGGAUUGUCCCAUUGAUUGGUGCUGUGAUCUCUCAGAGGAGGCUGGCAACUUACUGGUAUUCUCUGCACACUAAAAAAAAGCAACCUUUAUACAGCCAUCUGCAAGAUUUCAGGGAUUUCAUAACGGUUUGUUUGCCUCUUCUCUGACACCUCUGAUGAAAUCUUAGCCUUAACUGUUAUGUUAUCCUGUACAUAGAUACUGUAAAAUCUCUAUCAGGGCUUUGUGUUUCUUCUUUUUUUUUCUUUCUUUUUGAAAUAAACUGAGGGGGAAGCCACCAUUUCAUUUUAGCAGAAGUACGGGAGGAGGAGGAGGAGGGAGAAUUCCCCCGGAACAAAUCAGCGGCCUUGCUAAGUUGACAUCCUGGACUAGCCCAGAUUGAACUGUUCAGACGCCUCUCCACUCUGAUCACGAAUGUGUCUGAAUGUGCUGAAGCUCUCUGCCCCCAACCCCCGCCCAAUCACUAACACUGUUUCCCUCCUAUUGCAUUCAGGUUUGGUUUGACUGAAAGGAAGCCCCAAGGUGUCAACACUAAAUUAAUAAAGCUCCUUUUGUUUUAUAA